UCACCAAACUAAUAAGAUGGGGCGAGGAAAACUGCGUAUGGAGCUGAUAAAGAACGAAAAAGUGCGUAACGCGGCUUUCGAGAAGAGAAAGAAGGGAAUUGUGAAGUCUGCUAAUGAACUCUCGACUCUCUGCGGGGUCCAAAUAGGCAUGAUAAUCAACGAGCCUGGACAAAACAACAACGAACCCACAAUUUGGCCUGCGAACCGCGAAGUGAUUACGAAACUGAUCGAUUCGUACAAGUCGAAAUCUGCAGGCAACGACUGCAGAUACGGGACCUAUAAUUUGCCGGCCUUCUUCAAGAACCAGACCGAGAAAAUCGAGGACGAAGUUAAUAAAUUGAGGAAGAGGACGAGGGAGGUGAAGUACCCGAAGUGGGAUGAAAGGUUGGACACUUGUUCGGAAGAUGAGUUGAAAGAUUUUGCUGGUAAAUUAACGGCCAAGAUUGAAUCUGCUAGGGUGAGGAUUAAUUCGAUCAAGGUCUCAAGAAGCACCGUGUUUGUGAAUCCCUCGGCCGAACAAUUUCAACAGCAGCAGUACUAUGAUGGCAGAUUCAAUAUGGGAAAUCAAAGGAUGAUGAUUAUGAAUAACGGUAAUUAUGCGUAUAAUAAUAUGCAAGAUAAUCGGAUGCAGGACUGGAAUGUUGGUAAUUACGGGUUUGGUUUUGACGAAAGUCGGGUUCCGAACGGUGGUUUUGAUCCGAAUUUCGGUAAUUAUGGGAUGAUGAGGGUGAAUGGUGGUGCGGGCAAUGGCGAGUCACGAAUGUCUUUUACAGUGCCGAAUGUGGGGCCCAUUAUGCCUUACACUAAUGCGCCGACGUUUGAGCAGUUGAUGCCGUUUUACACGCCGAACGAGGGACAGAUGGCAAGUGUUUUUCCUCAGAUGCAGGCUGCUCAAGAGGGAGAUUACCUCCAGAGGCAUGGUUUCUAGUCUAGAAAAUCUGAAUUAACCAAGGCAUAUAUAUAUCUUUUGUAUAGAUAGGCUAAUUACGGUUUUUAUUUUAUUUUUUUCGGUUAGAUUUGAGGUUGUUUAAGGGGAUUUUGAGAUUAAAACUUCGAAUGGUCGUUCUGAUUUAUUUUGUUUAUAAUAGUUCUUACCGAUAAAUUGUUGUUCUUCGAAUAUAUAUACGCAGAUUUUCUUGAACUGUUGAUAUUGAGUUUGAUGAUCCAAGAAAUCUCUCCUGUACGCACAACUGAACGAUAUAUAUAACAUAACCAAAUAAAAAAAAAAUUGAUUAGAUGCAUUGGCUUCGUGUUAUGAUUUAUGAACAUUCCACUAAUAAUAAAUUAUAUAGAA